CGCUGGUAACAUGGACUCCUUUGAGGCAAGCACUAAGCUUAACCAGAUACUAAGAAGCUUAACCCCUUCUCUUCAAAACUUGACCCGAGCUGCUCAUUUUGCUUUGAAAAAUGCUGAAAGUGAAGACUACUUAUUUCACUCAAUAAUCGAUUCAAUAAACGAUGAUGCAGUUGAAUUAAAUACUAAAUCAACCAUAUUUCAAUUCAUUGAAGUGUUGAUUCACGAAUCUACUGCUGUUUCAGAACAACCAAAGUCACACUACAAUUAUCCUUAUAUUCAUAGCGUUAAAAACUCCUUACCUCGAAUUUUAUUAAAAGUUUUACCAGGGUCCAAUAUAACAAGUUUGCACAAUAUCUAUACCAGUUUGAAAAACAUUUCUAAAACAUUCAAAAUCGAUUACGAUGAUUAUGAACUCAAAUAUAAUUCGAUCCAAAAUCAAUUCAAUGCAGAUGACUUGAAAAAUUUGGAUUUAAAUAUUCCUUACCCAGAAGUAGAAUUAGAAGACGAACCUUCUAAUAAUAUUGACCCAUUAAUACUUACUUGGGAGUUGCUUAUUAAAAAGAAGAAACAAAGCCAAUAUGAAAGACUUAGAUUACUAAAACAUGGCGAAUACUUAGAUGCCCCAUUAGAAGAAGACGAAUUAUUCAAUGUUAGAAUUAACAAACCUAAUACGAAACCCCCAACUACUAAACCAGAUACAAACCUUCUUACCAAAAAGCAAAUCUUAAUGAGAAUGGAAGACGACCGUGAAACUUAUAAAAGAUCUAAAGAAACCUUAUGGACCGUCAACCGACCUAAAGACUCAAACUUUGUUAGUGAAGAUGAAUUCUUGGUGCAUUACUGGAACAAAAUUAAUCCAAUGGAUGAAGAUGAAGAUAAAGCCUUAUUGGAUACCUUCGAUGAAUUAAAUAAUAUGAUUGCUACUAGCUAUAAAGAUAAACAAUUUUAAAUAGUUUUGAUGGCCUAAC